CCGGCAGGCACCUCGUCGUUGACCGGCGAAUCACAGCGAGGAAAAAAGACCCGGAUGCGGAAGUUUUCGUCUGUUGAUAAAACGCACCAAGACGCGUUUCCUCUUCACUUGUGAGAGGCAAAUUUUUAACUUUAACAGCAGCCGAAUAAUAAGAUGACUUCCCAGGAGGUGCGCCUGUGCGGUCUUCUACUUCGGGAGCACUUUGGAGAAGUGGUAGAGAAAGUUGGAACCAAUCUGCUCAGAGGUGGAGGACAAAAUCUAAGGAGCAUCAUUCAAGAAACCGGCGUCUCUCUGGACUUGGUGAAAAAGUCCCUGUGUGUGCUCAUGCAACACGGAACUUGCAUAUUCAGCCCGGGCCGCAAAGGACGAGGCAGCCCCACCGAGUAUCACAUCAGCUGCGAUCUCAUUCUGAAGAUCCUCCGCUACCCGCGCUACAUCUACACCGCCAAGACGCUGUACGGCGACACCGGAGAGCUCAUCAUAGAGGAAUUGCUGCAGAGAGGUCAUGUGACCAUGAGCAACAUUGUUAAAGUAGUCGCGGAUCGCCUCACUCAGACCAUGGAGGAGGGCCGCAGCAUGGAUUACAAGGAAGUGUCAUCUGCCUUUUCCAAACUGGUGGAGACUCAUUUUCUACAACGCUGCCCCCCGAUGGCAAGUGCUGCAACCAAAGACAAUCCAGCUACUACUGAAGCUCCUAUUAGCACCGAGCUGCUGGCUCCAGAGAGUUUUCCCGACUGCUACAAGGUGCCACAAGUGACUCUCGUAGGACGUGGUAAGAGGCAGCUUGAGGAUCCAGAGGACCAAAGCGUUGCAAAGAAGGCCAGGAUGGAAUCGGUGGCUCUUGGCGACGAGGGCAUUUACUGGCAGGUGAACUUUGACAGGUUCCAUCUCCACUUCCGAGACCAAGCUAUCAUCAGCGCUGUGGCCAACAAGCUUGACCAGACCAGCAGUGAGAUCGUACGGACCAUGCUGAGGAUGAGCGAGGUGACCACUUCGCCCACGGCCGCCUACACAAAGCCCCUCUCAGCCAACGAGAUCUUCAGAUCCCUGCCGGCCACCUACAACAUUCCCAGACAAGUGUUAGACCAGUACCUCUCUCUGCUGGUCGAUGACCCAAUGGAGUUUGUGGGCAAAGCUGGUGAGAGUGGAGGCGGGAUGUAUGUUGUCAAUUUGCAUAGAACACUUACCAAUCUAGCACGGGCUACGCUAGAGUCUGUAGUCCAGGAGAGAUUUGGAUCCCGAUCGGCACGCAUCUUCCGCCUUUUGCUAAAGAAGAAACACCUAGAACAGAAGCAGGUGGAGGAUUUUGCCAUGAUUCCCGCCAAGGAGGCUAAAGACAUGCUCUACACGCUUCUCUCGCAGAACCUGGUCCAGCUGCAGGAAAUCCCAAAGACUCCAGACUUUGCUCCGUCUCGCACCUUUUAUCUUUACACCGUCAACCAGCUCUCUACUGCGAGGAUGCUGCUUCAGAACUGCUACAAGACAGUGGCAAACCUUAUACACAGACGUCUAUUUGAGACAUCAAACAGCAAGCGUCUGCUGGAGAAAUCUCAGCGCAUCGAGGCCAUCCUGGCGUCCCUGCAGGCCGGCGGGGCGGAGCCAGAGCAGCUGACGGAGGUGGAGGAGAUGAUCACAGCUCCUGAAAAGCAACAGCUGGAGUCUCUGCGGCUUCAUAUUAACAAGUUGGAUUCAGCGGAGAACCAAGUAGAUGAAACCAUCUUUCUGCUCGAAUCUUACAUCCACGCCACUGCCACUUCCUCAAGUUGAGUAAGACUUUAUAGUACUUACAAACUAUGUAAAUAAUGCCAAGAAUGGUUGUUUUAUAGUUUAUUUGAGUCUGUUGUUAUUUUUUUGUCCAAUUUGACAAUGUUUUUCCAAUAAAAUCUGAACGGAAUAUUUUUUUUCCUCUUUAAAAUGCAUUCUUAAUGUAGAAUGACAUUUAUUAGAUUGCAGACCUCAACCAGGGCCAAGAAAACAUCCAUGCCCUUUAUUUAUUUAUUAUUAUUAUAAAUCAUGACGCAGGUGAUAUUGUUCCACUCGAGUCCUGUGGGUGGCAGUACUGUACAUUACAGUGUGGUUUUCAGUUGCCACAGAGUGCAACAAUGACACUUUCUACCUUCAGUUGAAAGUUUGCUACCUAACAGACAAAUCUAAAUAAGUAAGUCAAUUAAAACUUAUAUCGUUUACCACACGGACCUUUUGUCUUGUCUUAUCCGUUUUUUGAUUCUCUCUGGUUUUGUGAGUCCCUUUGGCUUAGUACGUCUCGCCAUCACAUGCUCUUUCGUUGACUUAAAAUAGUUUUUGGACCUUUUACCUAGUCUAUUUUUGCGAUCUGCUCUUACGGAAUUGCCGUCCACGACAGCAACAUGACAUCUUAUCAUGAAAUCACCAAAGUUUUUUUUUAAACACUGCGUAAAGUGAAUUCAGAGAUUAGUUUUUUAAAAUUCAUUGUACAUGUUUGAAGAGAAUUUUUGAAAAUGUACAACAUGACAGCCCACACGUUGACAGGAGCUUUGCACUUGGUGGAUGGCCAGUCAGGGUCUUGAACUUAGGUCCCCCACGGUGGCAGGCGAUGAUCUUAACCAUUGGGUCACGGCUGCCCACGGCUUUUGUCAUCCUCUGCAUGUCUUUCAGCAUUAGAGGUGCUCUGGAUGAUGAUGAUGGAUGAUCGACAUUACCACACUACUUGUAACCUUUAUUGCUCAGAUGAUGAUUUUAUGUUUUUAUGUCUCAAAAGUAUUUUCUGUCAAAUGGCUGUCUGUUGUCGUACAAGAGCGGCUCCAACUACCGGAGACAAAUUCCUUGUGUGUUUUUGACAUACUUGGCAAAUAAAGAUAAUUCUGAUA